UGUGUCAACUUGCCGGAUGACCAAUAUCUAAAUUAUUACAAAAAAUCAAAAUUAGCAUAGUUUGGUUGACUCAUAUGAGAUAUUCAUUGAUCAAUUAUACUUUUAUAUGUUAGGUGAGCUUCAAUUAUUAUAUAUUAAUCACUUGUAUUGCAUAAAAUUAGAGGCGUAUACAAAUUUUCUAGAGUUUCAGGAGAAGAAAAAAGCAAGGAAGCAAAAUGGAGUCAAGUGUAGACAUCAAUAAUAAUGGCAAAGGAGGGUGGCUCAGUUCCAUGCUUAUCCUAGGAACAAGCUUCGGAUUAAGCAUAGCAUCAGGUGCCUGGUAUUCCAACUUAAUAGUGCUCCUUAUCAGUGUUUUCAAUGUGAAGAACAUCCCUGCUGCUCAGAUUAACAACAUCUUCAGUGCAUUAAUCAACUUUUUUCCAUUCAUCGCCGCCAUCUUAGCGGAUUCUGCUUUCGGAUCCUUUUCCAUCACCCUUAUUUCGUCCAUUGUUUCUUUACUCGGAGUCCUUAUGUUUACCUUAAUUGUUACAAUCAAGUCCUUAAGGCCACCUUCGUGUGCAAUCAACUCAACCUGUGUACCACCAAAAACCUCACAAUACUCCAUUCUAUAUGUAUCUCUUACACUAGCAUCACUCGGACUAGGAGGAACGCGUUACAUACUAGCAACCAUGGGAGCAGACCAACUCGAUAAGCUUAAACAUCAAGCAAGUUUCUUCAAUUGGUUUGUGUGCGUCUUAUAUGUUGGUUGGAUCGUAGGAUACACCCUUCUAAUUUAUAUUCAAACUAGUGUGAGUUGGGAACUUUCCUUCUUCAUUGCUCUUGCUGCGAAUUUGAUUGCUGUUGCUCUCUUCUUACUUGGAUCACAAAUUUAUCGAAAAUUUGCACCUCAAGGAAGCCCUUUUACUAGCAUAGCAAGGGUUUUGGUUGCUGCUUUUAGAAAUUUGAAAAUGAUUAAACCUAUAAAUGGAGAAGAUUGUUAUCUUUAUGAAAGUGAGGAAUCAAAACUUACAUAUGGGGAGCCUAGUAAAAGUCUCAGGUUUUUAAACAAAGCAGCGUUCAUAAAACAAGGAGAUAACCAAGUAAACGGAACUAAAACAAAAUCAUGGAGCCAAUGCACCGUUGAAGAAGUAGAAGACCUAAAGAAGUUAAUCAAAAUUAUGCCAAUUUGGUCAAGUAGCAUCCUACUAAGUGGUGCAAUGGGAGUUAUAAUUAGUUUCACGGUGCUAAUGGCAUUAGUCAUGGAUAGACAACUCGGCUCUCAUUUCAAAAUUCCAGCCGGAACGUUCACGGUCGUCACCCUUGUAUUCACAGCAAUCACAUCCUCAACACUUGAUCGAUUUAUAUACCCUACAUACAAGAAAUUAACUGGUCAAUAUUUGACAUAUUUACAAGGGAUCGGAAUUUGUCAUGUUACAAACAUUCUUGCCGCGAUAGCCUUUGCCCUAAUUGAAAGAAGACGGCUCAAAUUGAUUGAAAUAAACAAUUUGAUGGACCAACAAAAUGCCGUGGCACCAUUAUCCGCCUUAUGGCUAAUAUUUCCAUUAGCCAUAAUGGGGAUUGGAGAAGGGUUUUACUUUUCGCCAGAGGUGGCAUUGUACUAUCAAGAGUUUCCUAAGUCGCUAAGAAGUACCUCGACUGCUAUGAUCUCAUUGCAUAUCGCGGCUGGCUAUUACCUUAGUUCAGCAUUUAUCGAUUUGGUUGGCAAAUUGAGCAAUUGGUUACCAAAUGAUAUAAACUUAGGUAGGGUUGAUAAUGCUUGUUGGGUUCUUGCAAUUAUAGCAACUGUGAAUUUUGCUUACUUUCUUUUAUGUGCCAUAUUGUACAAGUAUAACAAUCCUGAUCCAGCAUUAGAUGAUGCUAAUCUUGUACAUACUUAGCUAGUUGAGAAAUAACUCACUCUAUUAUGUAUAACAUUUUUUUAUUACAAUCUCAUUCUUAUUUUAGAAUCACAACAGGUAAGGGCAAGGAUAAGGAUAACAAUAAAUGACAUUUGUUAAACCCGUAAUUGUUAGACUUUAACACUUUCUUGUUUAUAUACUUC